GUUGGCACUUGGCAGUGACAUUCUGAAAUCAUGAAGAUGGCCGACGGAGGAAUGGUGCUUCGCAGAAACAGGCCAGGAACUAAAGCUAAAGACUUCUGCAGUUGGCCUGAUGAGUCUUUUGAGGAGAUGGACACGCUGGCGGUGCAGCAGUACAUCCAGCAGAUGAUCAAGAAUGAUCCAUCGGACAUUGACGUGAUACUGAAAAUGCCAGAGGCGCAGGACGAGGGCGUCUGGAAGUAUGAGCAUUUGAGGCAGUUCUGCAUGGAACUCAACGGACUGGCCGUGAGGCUGCAGACACAAUGUUUCCCGGACACUUGCAACCAGAUGAUUGCUACGGAGCAGUGGAUCUUCCUCUGUGCUGCCCACAAAACACCCAAGGAGUGCCCGGCCAUCGAUUACACGCGCCACACUCUCGAUGGAGCUGCCUGUCUCCUCAACAGUAACAAAUACUUUCCCAGCAGAGUGUCCAUAAAGGAGUCAUCUGUGGCUAAAUUGGGAUCAGUCUGUCGUAGAGUCUAUCGCAUUUUUUCUCAUGCUUACUUUCACCACCGAAGGAUAUUCGAUGACUUUGAAAUAGAGACAUUCUUGUGUCACCGUUUCACCCUUUUUGUCACCAAAUACAAUCUCAUGUCUAAGGAAAAUCUCAUCGUUCCCAUUGCAGAGGCCAACAUUACGCCAGGAGAGAGUGAAGCAUAAAUCAUUUACUGCCCGCACCCUCUCAGUUAAAGAAAACAAAAAAUAGUUUUAUUAUUUCUUUUCAAAAAUAAACCUUUUUUCCAUAAAAAACAAAAUGAUUCCUUGUAAGAGAUCAUCAAACAGAAAAUUAUUUAUGACUUUUAAAAGAAAAAAAAAAACGUAUUUCUCAAAAAUUAUAUUUUCUAAAGAAACAAAAGAAUUAAAAAAAAACUAGUAACUCAUAUAAAUAAUCGCGUACCGAUUUGUAUUAAAUGGUGUCUAAUAGUGAUGGAUGCUGUUGAAACACUGCAUUGUUUUCUCUUUUUUUAGUGGAUGUUCAUCACAAAUUUUAUGAGAGACUUGAUUUUACAGAUUUAUUAUUCUGUAUCUCUUUUUUCUAGUUUGAUUUUAUUACCUGUAGAUUGUAAUUUAUAAAAUACAAUAAACUAUAAAGAAAAUUACUCAAGAAAAUACCAACAUUUUUAUAUGGAACAUUUUCCUCAACAUUCGCAAUAUCAGACGAAUUUGGGAGGCUUAUCAGUUCUAGCGAAAAGGAUAAAUUUAUCCUUUUACAGUGGUGACCGUAAAAAUCAUUAAAAUUCGGAAUUCUUAUAUAAAAAAGGAUAUGAUUGAAAAUAAUUCUUGCAAAUAUUUUUUAAUUAAAAAAUGGAAUUCAUCACUAGUUUAAAAAAAUCAUUCAAUCAGAAAGAACUACACAAAAUUAAUGAGUAAUAAUUUAAGAGGUAUUUCAUUCCGGUAAAAUUGAUGUUUAUUCCUUUUGUCAAUUUUUUCGCAAGAUAUUCACAAAGUCCUUGUAAUUCUCGUAAAACAAUCUUUAAAAACAAAUUGGAGUGACGUUACUACAUAGAUAAACGUUGCUAUGUGCGAAGAAGAAAUUUUAGAAACGUAGAAUUACAUUAAAUAAACAAGAAAAUGUUUUUAGAAACACUGAACAGAUUCUAUAAACGAGUAAAAUAAAUAUUUGAAGGGAUGCAAAAGCAUAUCUAGGAAAUGCUUUCGUGCUUCUUCACCAAAGAAGCACGAAAACAUUUCUAAAAACGCACAAACGCAUCAAAGAAUUGUAAAAACAUGGCUAAAAUAGUGAACAUGAAAUUUCUAUCUAGUCUGAAGCAAAAACAAUGAAAAAACACAAGUUUUCCAAUGUUUCUGGAAACAGAAAUCACAAAAAAAUUUCUUCUCUUGUGAGUUAUCUCUAUGACAAUGUAAUUACAGUUCAUGAAAUUUGAUUUAUCCCUUUUUGUUUUAUUAAAUCAAAAAAUAUUCUUGUUGGAAUUCACUUCCAAAAAGAAGUUAUUUUAAUUUGUCCAUAAAUACUUAAAAAUGAAAAUUACAAAUGUUUGUUUAGCAUUAUUUUGUUGAUAAUGUUACUCGAAAGAAGAUUCUUAAAAAGUCAAAUUAGUUCUAAAUAUCUAUGAAAAAAAUCAACCUGAAAUAAUAAACUAAUUUUUAACCAAACACAUUUCUAAAUAGUUUUAGGCAAAAAAAAAUAUUACUUUCAUAAUAAAAAAAAGUUGAGAGUGUGAAAACUUUGAAAUUCUGUGCAAGUCUCAUUAAGAUUGACGUAUAUAUGGCGGGCCAAAUGGUUGUCAUUUUCAUAGUAGAGCUUAGAAUCGGACUUACAUUUCCUUAUUAUCUCAAAAUUGGGCGGUAAACAAUUCAUUAGCCAAAAAUUGCAGAGAAACGAUGAAAAAGGAAAUCUAAAUGCUAAAAUUUUCACAAUUCAAGACACUAUUAUUUACGGUCAGAUAGAAUAUCUUGGCUUAUUUGUUUCUAUAAUUAGACGGUCAAUAUAUUUUAGUCCCAAACUAAGCUUUUGGGCUAAGCUUUUUUUUUUUAGUAUUUUGACGAAAAUUUCUCAUAAAGCCGAUUAAUACAGAUUUUAUAUAAUAUCUUAGAAAUUAUCACAUUUUUACGGUGGCCACUGUAAGUUUUGGAAAUUUCAUAUUUAUCACGCAAAAUUACUAAAACAAAAUAUUACUUAUAAAAAAAAUUGUAACAAUUAGGCGAUUAAAAAAUUUACUCAAAAAAUUUGCAUGGGCUUGUUGAGGUCAAGAAUAUUCGAAAAGCAAAAUCAAAUUCCAAAAACGAAGAAUAUAAAAAUUAUUCUCCAUAAUGCAUUUUCAUUUCAAUUAUUUUUUAGAGACUUAAAUCUAUUUAAAGCUGGAGAAAAAAUGACAAAUAAUUCACAAUAUAUUGUAUACUACAAAAGUCUAAUAAUUUGACCACAUUUAAGAGCAAAAAAAAUGACGAAUAUUCAAAGUAUAUUGUAGCGUUUGAGGAGGCAAUUUUGAAGAAAAUGGAAGAAUGUGUAUUCUAGAAGACUUGUUAUGUUGUAGAUAUGUGACUUCAGAGACAAAAAAGGAAUAUGCAUUCCUUUGCCAAGAAAAAUUUGAAGUCAAUAAAAAGUAUCAUGAAGGACAAGA